CCCCCCGCCGACAGCAGAUCAGAAAUCUUGUAAUCCUCGAGGACCCUGAAUCUUGUUGCGGAAGCUUUUCCAUUCAUACCUUUCAGAACGCGGUAUCCAGUAGAGCCAGUUAGGUGAAAUGUCGCAGAAUGCCGCAACCUUGCGUUUAAUGAGUGAUCUUCGUGAAAUGCAAAAAGAUGCGCCAGAGGGAGCAAGUGCGGCACCCCUUAGUGAAGAAAAUAUUUUUGUUUGGACAGCGACAAUCUUUGGGCCAGCAGAUACGCCUUGGGAAGGGGGAAUAUUCAGCUUGCGGAUGACCUUCUGCGAUCAGUAUCCAGAUAAGCCCCCGAAAGUUCGCUUUACAACAAAAGUUUUUCACCCUAACGUCUAUCAAGAUGGAACUUUGUGCCUGGACAUCAUUCAGAACAAAUGGAGUCCUUCAUACACAGUCAGCUCUGUAUUAACCUCUAUUCAGUCGCUCUUGACGGAUCCGAAUUGUGGAAGCCCAGCAAACCCAGAAGCUGCGGAGCUGUUUCUCCAGGACAGAAAAGCAUACAAUAAGAGGGUGAGAAGACUGACGGAAGAAAGCCUUGGAGGAGCUUAAUCCCAGAAAUUGUCUCUGUUUGCAAUGAUGUAGUGUAAUUGGCGGCAAAGUUUCUCAUUUGCUGACUUGCGAAUAUCUUCUAUAACAUGGCGGGCAACCUUACGAAGCUACGGAGGGCCAUGCUUCAUCUCCAGAUGUAUUGCAUUGUUGAAGGGCUAGAUGAUUUUCCAAGUUGGCUCCAAUCUUGUGGAAUGGUGAAUUACUUUAAAUGCUUAGCCUCAAGUUAUUGUCUUAGUUUAUGUUCUCUCCAAGGCGCUAUCACAUUAAGAUUGAUCAUACAGGAUGACUGUAGUUUCCGCGUUCCAUGAUUUUUGUAUUUCCCCAUUCCGGCCGACAGAGAUGAGUGUGUGCUCUUAGAGUAUUUUCUUUUUGUGGAGUGUAAGUAAGGACCCAAAUGGC